GUGGUGAUUAACCCAUGGCCCACAGCGUAAUGGGUGCGACGGGUAGUGGCAAAACAACGUUUAUCAACGUUGCAUCUGGCUCAGGAAUUGAGAGUCGGCAUGGGGCUCGAGAGUUGUACGAAUGAAGUACAGAUGUCCCAACCGUUCCGGUUGGACGGAAAGCGCGUCGUUCUCGUCGAUACACCUGGCUUCGAUGACACGACGAAGAGCGACACCGACGUGCUAAAGAUGAUUGCUGCUUACUUGCAGACGAUGCACAAGCAAGAAAAACUUCUUUCUGGUGUCAUCUAUAUGCACCGAAUCUCUGACGUCAGAGUCGGAGGCACAUCAAGACGUGAUUUCACCAUGUUCCAAGAGCUGUGCGGUAAAGAGGCAUACAAGAACGUCCUCUUGGUCACAAACAUGUGGGGCGAAGUAAACGAGGACCUCCUAGCGCGGGAACAAGAGCUGCGCGAAAAGGACAUAUUCUUCAAACCUAUCCUCGACAACGGCGCUCUUCUCCUCCGCCACAUGAACGAUCAAGAAAGUGCGCACAAGCUCAUUCGGAAUCUGACUAAGAUGGACCCCGUGGUGUUACGCAUUCCAAAGCGAACUUGCAGCUGGGAACGACAUCACUCAAACGGGUGCCUUUGCGCAGCUGAACCGCGAGCUCAUGGAGCAAGCGGAGAGGAAUCGUCAAGAACUGGAGAAGCUGCGAGUUGAACUGGAGGAGGCCGCUCAGGCGCAAGAUGAGGAGACGCGCCUGGAGCUCCAGGAGGAGUCGGAGAAGAUGGAGGCGGAACUUUUACGCAUGCAAAACGAGGCUACCAGGUUAGCGUCCGAAUAUCAA